AUGGGACGAGCUCCGUGUUGCGACAAGGCCAAUGUCAAGAAGGGACCAUGGUCACCUGAAGAAGAUGCAAGACUCAAGGCGUAUAUAGAAGAGCAUGGUACUGGUGGCAACUGGAUUGCCCUUCCUCAGAAAAUUGGGCUUAAAAGAUGUGGAAAAAGUUGCAGGCUGAGAUGGCUGAAUUACUUGAGGCCCAACAUCAAGCAUGGUGGAUUCUCAGAAGAAGAAGACAACAUCAUCUGCAGCCUCUAUAUAAGUAUUGGAAGCAGGUGGUCUAUAAUUGCUGCCCAAUUACCUGGAAGGACAGACAAUGAUAUAAAGAACUACUGGAACACCCGAUUGAAGAAAAAGUUACUCGGAAGGCGCAAACAGUCUAACAUCAAUCGAUCGCUGUCUGAUCAAACUGAGGAUCACCUCAAGGACGCUGAAGAUGCACAUGCCUUAAGCAGCUCAGCCCUUGAAAGACUCCAACUCCAUAUGCAACUUCAAAGCCUUCAAAACCCUUUCUCUUUCUACAACACUCCUGCACUGUGGCCCAAGUUGCAUCCUUUGCAAGAAAAGAUGAUCCAGACCCUCCGAUCCAUGAAUGAUCAAAACUGUAACAACCCUCUGAUGCACCAUCAUGCUCUCUCAAGCCCUCAUCAAACAGUUGAAGGGCAUAAGAGUAAAAGUGAUUUCUAUGAACAAUUGCAACCCACUUCUGCUUCUAUCAGAAUUCAGGAAGAAUAUGCAAAACUAUGCAACCCCAAGAAUAUGGAUGAGUUGGAGAAUGCUUUGAAUGGCAUGUCAUCCUCGGACGCCGCCGCAUAUCAUGCUUACAUCUCCACAAGCAAUCAAGUGGACUCGACUAUUGUGGUGACGAAAGCUGCCGAUGGUAUGGAGCAUUCGAACGAUGCAGGAACUCAUGAUCAUCAGCAGAUUAAUUCGAGCUUCCAAACUGAAUUUGGUGACAUUCUUAGUAACAAAUCUGUUGCUUACACACCACAACAGGAAGAUGAUCAAAUAGCUGAAUUUGAUUGUUUUAAGGAAAUGAAUGGCUCCAAGGACAGCUUGGUGUGGUGGGCUAAUGAGUUUGAUGCCAAAUCUGCAUCCUCAAACUCCUGGGAUUCUACUUCUGUUCUCCAGUCUCAAGGGAUGUUUCAAGAUUAUGAAUUGCGUUACAACCUGUAG